AUGGAGACGUACGACUACGUUAUGAAUCUCAAUACCAAAGUGGUACUUGCUCUUUCAAAAAGUGCUCUUCCCCACCUCAUCGCGUCAAAGGGAGAGAUUGUUAUGGUCAGCAGCAUCGCCGCACUCCCUCUAGCGGUUUGUUACGAUUGA